AGGUGGGUGGUUGGCAAGGGUGGUCGGGCCGGGCGCAAUAGUGGGGUGGCUUUGGGGUGAGGGUGAGGGGGGGUAGGAAGCCCUAGGCGGGCAGUGGGUGCCGCAGUAUUGGGUGGGUCAGACAUCGUAGGAGUAAGCGUUUCAUGCGUUUGCUCCUCAAUCAUUAUUUUCUUUCUAUAAUCUUAUAAUUACUGUGAGAUAUCGAAGUGUCACUUCGUGUGUGUGUGUGUGUGUUUUCACCGAUUGUAUGCAGAUGCUGUCAUGUUAUUGUAUACGUUAUACAACGUGGUUUUAAACCCCCCUCUGUGAGACGGUUUCUCCACUAUGGAAGUGGCAAUGCCUAUGACAGGUAGUGCCAUCGAUUGUUAUGAGGAUAUGUUCAAAGAGAUAACCAGAAAACUCUAUGGAGAAGAUGGUUUACCAGAACUAAGUGCCAAUGAGAGGUUAGCUUCCACAAGUACAGAUCGGGGUUUAACGCCCAUAGAAUACGAAGUAGAAAAUCCAAUUCUCAAACCUGAAGAACAUUUAACAGCAUUUGGCUUGGCUGCUUUAAUGCAAAAUGGUUUCCCACCCAGCGGUAUACUCAACCCUAAUUUCCAAUGUCAUAAGCCAAACAACGGAACAAUUUUAAAUACUAAUUGUGAAGAUAAAUGGAUAUCCAGUGAAGAUAAUUUACAGUGGACACAAUCUAAAAUAGCAACUUAUAAUCCCGCUCAAAAAUUGUAUAAAUGUUCAGAAUGUGAUUGUGUGGGUUAUCUUCUUAGAGUAGCUGAACAUUGGUUAGGAACACACUCUUCAGUGAGAGCGUUUCACUGUCCCCAGUGUCCUUACGAGAGUGCUUGGGCCAGAUGCGUUAGAAUACAUUUAAAUAGGCAACACAACAUUAAUACUGACGAAUCAUGCGAUACAUUAACCAAAGAUAACCCCGUAAUUCAAGAAAUUGUGAAAUAUUUACAAAAAUUAAAAAACAAAUUAGACAGUAAUUGCAAUAAAGUUCCAGCAUCUAGUACUGUACAAAGUGAAGACUAUCACAAUCAAUCGAUUAAUAAUACUUCAACUAUUUCAAAUAAUUCCCAAGUAUUGGGAAAUUCAUCAUCUGCUAGUCCUGAACAAACCAGUACUUCAACCAAACGUUAUAGCUGUACUUUUUGUCCGUAUGCAACAGAUAGAAGAGACUUAUUUACUAGACACGAAAAUAUUCAUAGAGAAGAGAAACCUUUUCAGUGCUAUGUCUGUCAAAAACAAUUCAAUAGAGCAGAUCAUGUCAAAAAGCAUUUUUUAAGAAUGCAUAGAGAUCAUCCUUACGAUUUGAAUAGGAUCAGGAGACAUCCUCCUAAAAAUGCGUCAGGAAUGUCUUACUAUCAAAAAUAUAAUUCCAACAUCACAAAUCAAACCAAUGAUUUGUCGACAAUAAGUUCCUUAUCUAUUCCUGGUUUUAAUAAUAUGUCGAGAGCUCCUCAAAUGAAUACGCGAGUUCCACAAUCCGAUAUAAAAACCAAUGUCAAAACUGGAAAUAUUUCCCGAAGUAACGGAAAGAAAAAAGGAGAAAAACGUUUUACGUGUUGUUACUGUUCGUGGAGUGGCGUGGAUAAUUGGUGUCUUAAGAGACACAUGAAUACGCAUUUAAAACCAUUUGUUUGCAGUUUAUGCGACUACAAAGCUGCAAGAUCGGAGAGACUUGCCACUCAUGUGUUGAAAGUGCAUAACAAGAGAGCCUGUAGCAAAUGCCAGUUCUUAGCUGAUGAUUUAACACAGUUGUCCGUACACCAACAGGAACAACACCCGUUGGAACAAAGGAGUAGGACAAAUAAUAGUAAUAUUUUAAGAGCAAACACUUUUAAUGGAAGCGCUUCCACAUCUACUUCCAACUCUAUUACUAAUUCCAACCCUGGACCUUGCAGCAGCGUCCAAUCGCAAGGUCUCUUUAAAACACAUGAUUUGAGUACAGCAGCAGCGAUGCUUCAACAAAGUAAUCGAUUCCUUCAGACAGAUGCUAAAACUUGGAAACAUCACAUCCCUAAACAACAUGGAGCAGCUCGUCUUUUUAGUUAUAUGGAAGCGAGUGAUGGAUCUGAACCAGAGAGUGAGCCAAGAGUAGCUGAAGAUAUGAGUAGGAUGAAUCUUACCCAUAGAAUUCAGUCGGAUUUUCCUGAGGCGGGAGAUGUUGGCAAUCAGGCUGACGAAGAAAAUGGAGAAGAAAUGGAACUUCCCCUUUUCGUCUGCCAAACGUGCGGUUGCGAGUUUGAAGAUGAUCUUUCUUUAGAGUCCCAUCAAUAUACUCACCGGCACAGUGCAGCAUCUCCCGCUAAGACUGAGCAUUCAAAGGAGAAUGUGAACCCAGAUUUAAAAUAUCAUUGUCGUUUAUGUGAUGCAGCUUAUGAACACCAAUCCUCUAUCAUAGAACACAUGACUAUUCACUCUACUUUGAGUGCCGAAACAUUAGGUCCGCCUGUAGUACCAAAUCACCGAUCAAGAAAACAAAAUCGACCUAAAAAGUUAGUUUUGCCAUUUUGGGACCCAGAUGAAAUAGAUGUAUUGAGACACUUGAGUGCAAAGCUAAGAAGAUGGAAAGAAACAUUAUCAGCUUCCACUUUUGGUGUUAAUAGGUUAGUAGAUAAAUAUAUGGCUAAGCUGGUAACUAGAAGCGGCCGGGUGUGUAUAUGGUGUAAAAAUACCUGUUUAAGUAGAUACCAUACCAAAGCAACUUUAGCUCUCCAUCAUUACUGGAGGCAUACCAGAAAAAAAUUCAAAUGUGAACAUUGUGAUAUGGCAUUUAAACAUCGAUAUCAAUGUGUAUUACAUAGCAGUCGUGUACAUACCAAUCAGAAGUCUCAAUUCGUGCCUAUGGUGCUUCCCAAAGAACCUACUCAUUCAGCACUGAGUGCCGAAUCUUUGUGCUCUUCCCAGGACACCAGUCUCUUCUUUAGCAACCCUCAUACUGUAUAUGUACCUGACGCAACAAUGUCUAAUGCACAUAAACUGGGAAUGUCUUUCUUUGAUCAUUCUUUUAUUCAUCCAACUAACGCUAUAAAUAACCACAUGCCAAUUAUAAUACCAACAUUUCCACCCAAUUAAGUUUGCUUGAAUUUCAUUAAUUAUGCAUAGAAUUUUCCUGAAAAUAAAAAUGUGUAAAUAUAUAAACUUCAUCUAAAACUUCAUUCAUUGAAAUUUGUUGUUGUUAAGUAAAAAAAUAUUUAUUUUGAUAAUGCAAUUGUACAAAUAUGUCUCAUGAUAACAUGUAAUUGUCAUUUGGGGAAGUAAUUUGGAUUUUAGUGAAUAUCAUUGUAGAUCAAUAACAGUUCAGAUCAAAUUUAAUAUCACUGUUUAUUGACUCUUUAAUCGUUCCCCCGCGUUCAUAAAACUUUCAUUUCAAUUUCUAGCUAAAGGAUUAGUAAACCUAACUUGAGAAGACUAACUUUGAAAAAUCUGAGAUCAGUCUGUCUUACCUCGGUCAUUAGUAAUCUAUAUCACAGCGGCUAAAUUCUCUUAUAUUAUAUAAUGUUAAUCUUCCUUGUCGGUUGAGUAGAAUUGAGAAAAUCGUUAAUUUCUUAUUGCUCCUUCAAAAUAUAAAUUUGGAAAAUAUCUUAUGUUCACAACUGUUAGUAUAAUAUAUAUGGAACUGACAAGUUUUGAAAUGAAGAUGUAAAUUGUUCUUCCUCGUUUCCUUUCUAGCAAACAUGCAAAA